UGGUAGUUUCUGCGUGAGUGGGUUUGACGACAUCUCUGACAGCCGUUACGUUAAAAAAGAAGGAGAGAAGAAAGUGUGGCUGGGUUUGAGACACAAACUUGCCCGUGCCAGCUUGGUGGAGGCUCCCGCACAGCUUCUUUAUUCAUACGUCAUGCAUAACGGAGCCACUGGCACCCACAGCAGCACCUCGAGUACGAGCACCAGCACCACCACCGGCAACAGCAACACAGCACGAGGUAUCGCGACGAGUACUACUCCGAGACAAGUCAAACGCAAUCAUUAUUACCUUUUCCCAUCCAAUAAUGCCCGGAAAAAUGAAGCUACGACUCCUCCCCAAUAUGUCAUUCGGUCUUUCCCGUCAAGAAGUCGUAUGCGAGAGCAGCCUUCCUCGUACGCUUUGACAGAUCCCCAGCACGCCACGGAUAUGGCCCAACCUCUCCACACAAAAAACCAGAACCAGAGACUAUCGUUUGAUCAUCCAGAAAGCCUUACAGCCUUGCCUCAACUCCCAGAUCAAGCUAUUCCUCAACGGUCGUCAUCUCUCCGUAAAAACUCGGUUUCUCACACGGCUCAUCGACCCCAAACUGCGAAAAGCCAAACCAAGACCACCAACCACGCCAAGUCAUCUCCUCCAUCAGCUCUUCCACUGAGACCCCGAACCUAUCCAUCCCAAGACACACUCCCGACUUCCGUACCCAAAGGAAACGUCCCUUCACUCUCCUCCACGAGUCUUUCCCGCGAGCAGGGAGCCACCACUCCAAGGACACCCCGUCACGUACCUUUGGCACCCUACGAUCCUUCUCCUUUGAACCCACUCCACCACACUCCUUCGACCUCAGACAUGUCCAAUGGAACAGCCUUCCGCCCAGCAGGCUCAACGUGGUCUCCGUCACAAGAAGAGACCUCUGUCCGACCGUCCAGCCAACAUGUCCAGCUCCCUUCCAACUUUCAGCUGGGGUCUAAGGUACACACCGACGUUGAAACAGUCUUCCAUCCUGCGGUGACACAAGAAGUUGUCAAACAGCAUACGGUGAAAGUCAUCCGCGACGAGAUCUCACGAGAUCUCCAUAUACAUCACUUCUACACAUACGUCCAACCCGUGCGGGUUGUCGAAGUUCUACCCCCACGUCAUUUCUACUACGAUGAAGAGACUGGGCAAAAGGUGGAAAUACCCGCGCCCGCAGGAUGGGCCUUGCCCACUGACAUGACACCGCGGACAUGGAACUGGGAAACGAAGGCACCUCAUUUGAAGCCCGAGUAUAGACAUUACGUGGUUGAUGAAGAGCGCCCGGAAGGCGAACUUGAGCCACCCCCUCCGGAGUAUCCUCCUGUCAACGCUGGGAGGAAGAUGAAGACUGCCACGUGGUCUCCGUUCCCCCAAAUUGGGGCUGCGCAAUCUUACGCCGAUAGGGCUGGCAGCAACACGAGCGGCAUCGACAACACGAGCAGGACCGACAACCUGAGCAGGACCGACAACCUGAGCAGGACCGACAACCUGAGCAGGACCGACAACCUGAGCAGGACCGACAACCUGAGCAGGACCGACAACCUGAGCAGGAACGACAACAUGAGCAGGACCGACAACCUGAGAGGGACCGACAACAUGAGCAGGACCGGCAACACGAAAAGUAUCAACAAUACGAGCAUGGUCGACAGAACGCGCAGGGCCUACAGAGGCUAGUCACUGCAUAGAACAAUGCUGAGCCAGACCAGAUACUCGACUGCUGUCACCGCUACCCGAAGAUGCACACCUUUCUCUCUCCUGGCUUCUAGCAAGACCUCCUGUUGCAUCCCUCAAUCCGACAAAGCAGCCAAGGCAUUAGAUUUAUACUAUUGCUUGAACGCAUGUUCUUUUAAGCCACUGCAACAAAGUCAUGCGAGACGUCACCAAAAGACACGUUGCAGACACCUUGUAAAACAAGCUUGGCCUUG